AUGAAGAUGAAGAAGGGUGUCAAUAAAAUUGCCCAAGAUAUACAAACUAUAUCUUGGUACUUGGUAUUGUCUGUGUAUCACGUCGAUGCUACCAUACUGCAAGCAAUUGCUGCUGUACACCCAUCCGCGAUGACCCCAGAAUCUGAACCGCGAGAUUCCGCCGUCUGGGCUGAUGAUUAUCCGGAUGUGGCUCACUGGCCCUGGCCAUUUUCUUCGCCAGAGGAUGGUCUUCCAAUUCAGGCUCUUGCUGGUAACAUCUGGAGCCAAUGUUCCCUCGACUUUGACGCUGUCAGGAAAGUUGCCUCUGAAAUGCGCCGUGUCAACCUCGAUGGUGUCUACAGUUCCGACGUAACCGAGCCUGAAUAUCGCCCAUUCACUUCCAGAAAACUGCAAUUUAUGUAA